UUUGGUUUUAUUUUUUCCCGAAAGGAGGGAGCGGAGCCCCGGGGUGCCGGGGGGCGUGUUUGUGCCGAGGAUCUGGCCGCAUUGUGGAGGAGAGGGCAGGAAAGGCGCUCCCGGGACUCGCAUCGCCUCCUUCCCGCCCCCCGCGGUCCAUCCGCCGGGCUGCGAGGCGACGAGCCAGGCCGGCAUCCCCCCAACCCCAGCGCCGGCCCCAGCCCCACCGAGCACCCCCUGCCCUACCGGGACCGCGGUGAACUUUUGCCCUGGCUCCCCCCUUCCCCGCCGCCCCCCUCGGCCGCUCGGGAUCUCGGAGGGAAGGACCCGCCGGCUCCGCUCGCUCUGCCCGUCGCUGCGGGUCUCUGGCUUUUGUUACGGCCCCAUCUCGGACGCAAUGGACGGAGCAGGAUCGCGCACCCUCCCGCGGCCAGGGGCUCCCCGGACUCUGCCCGCCCUGCCGGCUUUGUGCCCCGCAGGAAAUGCACGUUCCCCGGCCGCGCUAGCCAGCGUAGAGCUGUCCACCCGGUAAAAAAAAAAAAAAAAAAAAAUUAAAAAAAAUUGUACGUCCAGGCUGGCAAUAUUGUUGCCGAGGCUCUCGACGUCGCAAUAGAGGGAACCGGGAGGGCUGGUCGCUGCCCGCGGCUGCCCGGUCUCGGGGGCACGGCGCCGCGGAGCCGGGCCGGGCUCUGCAUCUCCAGGCGCGCCGCUGCCGGUGCCAGCUCGGCGGCGGGGGGAGCCGGGCUUUUUGUGUUUUUCUGGUUGCAUUUAAAAGCAAAGCAAAGGCGGCGGGGGGAGCGGGGGCGGGGGAGGCUGCGUGCCGGCCCCCUGCGCGGUGCGCGGCCCGGGGAGCCCCGCGGUGCCCGCAGCGCCCAGCCCGCGCCCGGCCCCUUUGGUACGGGGCGAGAGCCGGCGGGGAAGUCAAUUAUUGACUUCUGCUUGGCCGGGUCCCAGGUGGAAGUGGGCACGGCGGCAGCGGGCGGCUCUCGGCGCGCCCCCCGUUAUCGGAGCCGCCAGCCGCGCUCCUCCCGGGGGCUCCGCGGCCGCCGGACACCGCGCCCGGCCCCGCCGCCGCCCGGGGAACGCGUGUGUACACACGGGGUCUGGGCACUCGAAUCCUUCUGCCCCGAAAUCCGCAACCUUUGAGAACUCGGAUGGCCUGGGCGCUUCCAGAGACGGGAAGCUAUUCUGUUCUGAAUCAGCAUGGGAUAGAGUGCCUAGAAGACGUUCAGACCAAGCACAGCUAGCGCGUCCCUGCUGGUUCUCCAUUCUGCAUCCGUGCAGCCACGUUCUAUUGAUGGCCUGUUGUGAUUUCAAUGGAACAUCAUGGGAUGUACCUGGCACGUCGGGCAGCACUGGAUGGAGGUGCCUUUAGCCCAAUGUACCUGGCAUGUACUGUUAGCUCACUGUUCAGUGCUCGGUGUCUAGUCUUCUCAUCCAGCCACAAAUCCUCUACGUGAAAUGAGUGAUUCCUUAGAUCUGUUUUUGAUUGAUUCUUUGCUUCACUGGUGUUGCUUCUUAAAAGGUGGUAAGGUGAAGGUGAGAGGAAGAGAAGGUGGAGAUGGAACUGCCAAAUCAUGCCAAACAACUGCUACUGCAGCUGAACCAGCAACGAGCCAAAGGUUUCCUCUGUGAUGUGAUCAUUGUGGUAGAAAAUGCCCUGUUUCGUGCCCAUAAGAACAUCCUGGCAGCAAGCAGCAUGUAUUUCAAAUCCCUUGUCCUGCAUGACAACCUGAUAAACUUAGACACGGACAUGGUGAACCCCACUGUGUUCCGGCAGAUCUUGGACUUUAUUUAUACUGGUAAGCUCUUAACGACUGACCAGCCUGGUGAACAGAACUUUAAUGCUCUCCUCACCGCAGCAAGCUACCUCCAACUGCACGACCUGGCAGCUCUCUGCAGAAAGAAGCUGAAGCGGAACGGCAAGUCCUUUGCUGGCAAGGCCGGUGGCCUUGGUGCUGGGAGAUCUGCCAGGAGUCAGAGACUGUCCACUGCUUCAGUCAUCCAAGCUCGCUAUUCAGGGUCAAAUGAGGGGUUGAAGGGCUCGCACUCAAAGGAGCUGUCAAAGGGAAAGCUCUCUGAUGACGAGGUCUUCAUCAGCAGCUCCAACCAAGAGAAUUGUCACUCCUUAAGCAGGGGAACCAGCAAGAAUGGCGGUGGGAGCAGCAGUGCGAAUGGGAGCACCGGUGACCAGGAGCUAGGCCUUGACCUGUCCAAAAAAAGCCCCUCGCUCCCUGUCGCAGCAUCCCACGAUGACACGCAGCACAGCGAAAGCCAGCACGGCUCUCCCCAAUCUGCCUCAGCCCCUGCAGCCAACAGUGCCUCAUCGUUUGACGAGUCUGGCGUCGGAGCCCCCCACAGCAUGGCGGACAGCAGCGACCCCAUGGAGAUGGAUCUGAGCGAGGAGUGCCACCACUCACUGACAGAGAGCAGCCAGCGCAAGGGCCUCCGGCACUCGUCCCGCAAGAAGGAGUGGAUCAAGAAAGACAACGCCUUUGACCGAAAGGAAGGGGGCAAAGACAGGGAUGAGGGUGAAGGGCUGCCCAAUGGUAUCCUGCUGGGGCCCUUGUCCAAGUCUGUGGAGAGGAGUCUGGCUGGGGCCUAUGGGGCAGACCUGCCCUACCCAUGUAAGGAGGAGGUAGAAAACGGUAAGGAGAACAGUGACGACAGUGGCCAGAGCGAGAGCGAGAGUGGUGGCCAUACCAGUGCCAACUAUGUCUACCGCCAGGAGGGGUUUGAGCCAGUGGCCUAUGGUGACAACCUGUAUGUCUGUAUCCCCUGUGGAAAAGGCUUCCCAAGCUCUGAGCAGCUCAAUGCCCACGUGGAAACGCACACUGAGGAAGACCUUUACAUCAAGGAGGAAGGCACAUACGGCAGCAAGGAUGAAGCUGAGGAUUUGUCCAACCCAAAUCAGUCCUACGCUGCAGAGUCCCGGCCCUUCAAGUGUUCAGUGUGUGAGAAGAGCUACAAGGAUCCAGCCACGCUGCGGCAGCACGAGAAGACUCACUGGCUGACACGGCCCUUCCCUUGCAACAUCUGCGGCAAGAUGUUCACACAGCGGGGCACCAUGACACGGCACAUGCGCAGCCACUUGGGGCUCAAGCCCUUUGCUUGUGAGGAAUGUGGGAUGCGCUUUACCCGACAGUACCGACUAACAGAGCAUAUGCGUGUCCACUCAGGAGAAAAACCUUACGAAUGUCAACUGUGUGGUGGGAAAUUCACCCAGCAGCGCAAUCUGAUCAGCCACCUGCGAAUGCAUACCUCUCCCACAUAAGCCAAAGACUCCAGAAUGAGCUUCAAGCCCAUCCGCAGUGAUUUACCUUUCUGUAGACUUGCUGCUUAAAAAAAAAAAAGAAAAAAGAAAAAAAAAAACAAAACAAAAAAGGGGGCAACUCCCCAUACUCUGUUCAGUCAUGAGAGGCCUAAACAAAUGUAGCUUUAACAUUUAAAAAAAAAAAGUUCAUUUUUUUCCCUUUUUUAAAAAAAAGAAAGGUCCACAGCCAAGCUGGCACAUUUAGUCCCAGUCUCCUGUCAAAUUUUGGUGACUUGGCAAGAAAUACCUCUUCUUUUUUCACACAUCGACUUCAUUUUUCAUAUUGCUGAUCUGGAGCAGGCAGGGGGACCUUGGGGACCUUUCACCCUCUGCUGGCUCCCCUCUCCCUGCCUCUUCCUGUGUUCCUGUCACUGUACUCACCUCCUCUCUUAAAAUCAAACUCAGUAGGGGUAUUUCUUGCCAUUAAAAAGAAAACAAAGUACACCUUUUCAGUGGCCUGAGUAGCUGUGAAAUAACAGCAUUCUCAAGUGCAGAAGCUGUGUCUGUGGACCAUCUGACAGGGUUGGCAGCCCCUCUAGAGACUGUGGGAAAGCCACAGCAGUGGGGGUGCCCACCCCCGUCCCCUGGGCUGGUGAUGGUAUGGGGAGCAGCUCCCAGGGCUGCACCAGCCCCAGUACUUCACUUAAAGAAAUGGCAAAGCCUCCCUUACCAUCCCUCCCCAUUUCGGUUUUGAUCUUUGUCCUUGGCACACAUAACCACGUGCCACCUUCUCCCAUAAAACACGCAAACCUCUUUUGCCUUACCCAUGACUGAACAGGGACUGGAUGCCCUGGGAAUUUCUUUCAGUGAGCAGGGGGUCGUCUUUACUUUACUAGUAGUUUCGUAUGAAUAUUCUUUGCUUAGAGGUACUUGUUUUAUUAAAGGAAAAACCAUUGUAACGUUUAUGUGAAUGUUUGAACUGGAAGGUCUGAGGUUAAUUCUAGGGUGGGUGGGUGGGGAGGGGUUUUGAUGUAGGCUGGACUUGCUACAAGUUCCAUAGGUACUUUUUUAUUAUUUUUUUAUUUUAUUUUUUUUUUUGUGUGUGUGUAUGUUUUUAGCUUUCCUCCCUCACUAAAGAGCAAGUCUGUGUGGACAGACUUGUUACCUUUGCUACCUCUUGAAUUCAUGAGAACAAUAAGAUGGUUAGUGAAAGAUUAGGCAUUUCUUUCUUUUAUUGUAAGUAAUUAAAUGUAUAAAAGUAGAAGCUAAAUUAAAGUUAAGGGAUUUUUACCACCCCGUCCUUCCAUCAAAAGUCAACUAGAGAAAUGUUAAAGCAAAGCUUGGCCAAAGACAAAGCAAAAAAUACACUGAGCUAGAGGCUGUGCUGGCUGCUUGGACUGGCUCAAUUCGCGGUCUCUUGGCUGUCUGUAGUCACUUUUAGAUAAAAGCAGAAAACUUCUCUGAGCUUUUUGGGCCCUUUCCAGCUUUGUUUAUUGAGUCUGGAUACUAUGGGGAGGGGAAAAUGUCCCCCUCAUCUUCCACUCCCCCAGCACAUCUGGGUCAGUCUGUAAACACCUGGCAGGACAGAGGGUGAGGGCAUAGCAGCCUAUAAUUUACUAGAAUCCAGAGUGCAAUAAGGUGGGGGAGAGGAGGAGAAAGCAAACCAAAGUGUUUCAUAUCCUCCCUUUUAGACAAUUUAACACAUGCACACAAAAAAAAAAAAAAGAAAAAAGAAAAAAUGAAAAGAAAAAGAAAUAAAAUGUUCUUGCAACAUCUGCCUAAGACAUCACAGCCAACAGCUGCUAUUGGUUUAGGAGAGAAGAGAGAGAACUUUGCCCACCGAUUCUUGGCCCCCUUGACUUUGUUGGCGUGACCUUGUGGAAAGCUAUGGCUUAUUUCAAGCCUCCCGUGACUGUGGUGGUAAAAAUUCACAGCCAGUAGAAUCAUCCCUUCUGAAAUUUCUAAGGUUUACACUUGCAUUUUUUUCAUUUGUUGGUUUUUGGUGUUUCUUAUUUUUCCACUCAAACCAGUAUAGUCUCUAUGCGUAAGUUUUACCAAACCUCAUGUUUUGUCUUUUUUUUUUUAAAAAAAAAACAAAACAAAACAAGCAAUUUUUUAAAGUUUUGACCAAAAAAGAGGAAAAAAAAAAAAAGAAAGUGAGCAUGUUUGACUAAAACAAAGAAAUAUAAGCAUAUAAGCUUCAUUUUCUAUUGGGGUUUUUUGCUUGGUUGGAUUUUUUUUUUUUUUUUUUUUUUUUUUUUUUUUUUUUUUUUUUUUUUUUUUUUUUUUUUAGGAAGACUAGUCCAUGAGGAAGUUUUUGGGUCAAUUGAAUGAACUGAGGAAACUGGAAUCCAGGCUCCAAGCAAUAGACAAGCGAAAGGCGCUGAGCCCUGGCCUGGUGUCGCGUUACCGGGAACGCUCGCCUCUCUGCAGCCGCUCCCGUGUGCUUCUCCCGGUGCCAUUGUCCGCUUGCUCCCGGAGCCCGCGAGCCCUGUAGCGCAGGAGGGGUGCUUGGACUUUUGGUUUUUGUCUAAUUGUGCUGAGACGCGCUGUUUUCUUUUUUGGGGUUAAAUAGGCUUUUAGCGUCUUCAGCACUUCCACAUUUUUGAAUAUACAUUGAAUUAUGUUCUCCUUGAUUUCUUGCCAACUCCCCUUGAGAAUGUCCCCAACUAGUGUUUGAGGAGGACAGGGAAAGCCGUGUCACCUGCCUUGCUCUCAGAGGGAAUCUGAGCAGAGCCCAGGGACAGCCGGUUCCUCGGCAUUUUCACCCUGCCUUUACCUCCCCUUCAGGCACCCACGGCGGAGCUGACCUCCCCUUGGAGCCCCUUCCAAAGCAGGGUUUAGCUCCCUGGGCGAGGGAUCCGGCCGGGAUGGGCCCUGUCCAUGCUGCGGGCCUUGGGGCGGCUCUGGCCCACCCCGGGACAGCGGCUCGGGCUGCGAGCGAGGGGCCCCGACACGGAGCUCCUCGCCGCCAAACCCCUGCUCCCCCUCUCUUAAUUCCAUUUUUACGUGUGAUGUAGCUUCUCCCCCUGCCCUAGGCCCCCUCUUCAUUUGUUUCUUAAGCCUUGAGAAUUACGUUGGACUUUCAGGACCCAAUGCUAUUUUUCUAAAACUAUUUUUUGGAGGUUUUGUUUUUUUGUUUUUUUUUUAAUCCCCUCCCCAGCACUUAAACAGUACGACAUAAAGUCUGUGUACAGCAAGAGUAUUGUACAAAAGGAAAUUAUGUUCUUUUUUUCAAAUAGCUGUGUAAAGUUGUGUUCCAUAGACUGAGUAUAAACAACAUUUUCCAAAUUGUGACAGUAAUAAUGAAUUGCUAAUAAUACUCAAAACUUCAGGGACUGUUUCAGGCCUGCUUGGGGCCUAAACACUCAACUGCAUUUGUACGACAUAGUAUUGUAUCAACAUUUUUCUGUAUUUUAAUGAAAAAGCAAAACACUAGUUUCAUAUUUAAGAUUUUAAAAGUUUUAGGGUGGGGGGGAGGGAGUUGCAUUUUUGGUUUUUUUUUAAUUUUAUUUUGAUUUUUUUUUUAAAAUACACAAAGAGCCUCAAGAGGAAUAAAACAAAUUAAAAGGAAACAUAAAAAAAAAAAGAAAAAGAAAAAAAAAAGAGGCCAGGCAGCUUAAGUAUAUGCUUUAGUCACUUAGUUCCAGAAUGUUUUCGGAAUAACAGGAAAAAAAAGAUAAAAUAGCAAAAGUUGUAUAAAAGAAUAAAGAAGCUCAUACCCAAAUUCACAAAACUAUUUUUUAAACCAAAGCACAUUUGAAUGAGUAUGGAACCUCACUUGGCUCAGAAAAGUACUAAUAUAUUUAUCUCAUUGUUUACAUAAACUUUUACAGUUUCAGACCUCAACAGAUCUAGGGGCCAGUCAAAAUUAAUCUUUGCUUUUUCCAUUGGUUUGUCUCUGAAGGCUACGCAGUGUUCCCCAGCUUGGGAGGGGGGAUCUGUGUCCCAGCCUGCAUUCCAGCACCGC